AAAUGCAUGAGAAAACUACUACAUCACCAUAGAAACAGAUCCAAACAAAUGGUUAAGUUGCUAGGCAACGUUUGUUUGUCGAGAUGGCAAAUGAGCGAAAGGUAGCUGAAGCUCGAUAAGAUUUUACAAGCUUGAAGACUUGGUGUAAACACCUUCAAAGUAAAAAAGAGGUGCAAUUGUGUUGAAUCAUGGCUGGAGAUGCGCAAGAUAUUCCACGGCUUGAGCUGGAGGCUGUGAUUGGGUUCAAUGGACAUGUAUUUUCUGGCCUCAGAGUGCACCCAGACAGAGAACACUUAAUCUAUCCUCUUGGUUGCACUGUUAUUUUGAAGAGCCUGAAAGAUGGCAAACAGGAGUUCCUCCAUGGACACACCAACAACGUCUCCUGUGUCACUGUGUCCAAAAGCGGAUGCUACAUCGCUUCUGGACAGGUCACCUUCAUGGGCUUCAAGGCUGAUCUGAUCAUCUGGGAUUAUGAGAAGAGAGCGAUCCACGCCAGACUACAGCUCCACAAAGCGAAGGUGGAGGGACUUGCCUUCUCCCCCAAUGACAAGUACCUUGUCUCCCUGGGUGGACAGGAUGAUGGAAGCAUUGUGGUGUGGAACCUUGAGAGCAAAGAAGCGAUCUGUGGGAGCCCGGCCUCUGCCCACAGUGCGGGCCACUGCCUCACCAUCGAGUACACCAACCACAGCGACACCAUCUUCAUCUCCGCCGGCAAUGGUACGAUGCGUGUUUGGGAGCUAGACCUUCCAAAUAGGAAGAUCCGGCCUACGGAAUGCCAGACAGGACAACUGAAGAGGAUUGUCAAAUGCAUUGAGAUCCCAGACGACGACCUUUUCUUUUACUGCGGAACCACCAGUGGUGACAUCCUGAAGGUCAACCUGAAGACCCGCCUCCUCAACAGCUGUGGGCCACGAAAACAGAAAUUCAGCAAGGGUGUCAACACACUGAAGGUGCUGAAGUCUGGGGACAUCCUGGUGGGCUCUGGGGAUGGCAUGUUCACUUUGUGCUCGGGACCUAACUUCAAAACCAUUAAGAAGGUUCAGCUGGAGGGGGGAGUGACGUCCAUCGCUGUGAGAGGCGAGGGCCACCAGUUCUUUGCAGGAACGGAGGCGGCUCAGAUCUACCGUUUUGGCUACACAGACUUCAAAGAGGAGCUGAUCGCCACCAGUCACAACAGUGCAGUCCAAGACGUGGCCUUCCCUUUCGAUGUUUCUGAAUCUCUCCCAGGGCACGUCGGAGCUGUUUGCCACGUUUCCCAGGAUGACAUCAGAGUGUGGCACGCCGACUCCAAGGAGCUGCUGCGGAUCUCCGUCCCCAACAUGACCUGCAACGCCCUGGACUUCAUGAUCGACGGACACAGCAUCAUCAGCGCCUGGAACGAUGGAAGACGUCGUGUUUUGCGCCCAGAGACUGGCAGAGCCAUGCUGGUCAUCCAAAAUGCCCACAGCAUGGGCGUGACUGCCAUCGCUGGCACCAGAGACUGCAAGAGGAUCAUUAGUGGAGGAGGAGAGGGACAAGUGCGUGUGUGGGAGAUCCUGCAGGGCUGUCACCGGCUCAUUGAGACCAUGAAGGAGCACAAAGCCACCGUCACCAGCAUCAAGAUCAAGAGCAACGACAAGGAGUGUGUCACCGCCAGCUCGGAUGGGGCCUGCAUCAUCUGGGACUUGGUGCGUUUUGUGAGGAAUCAGAUGGUCCUGGCCAACACUCUGUUCAGAAGUGUGUGUUACCACCCGGAGGAGUACCAGAUCAUCACCAGUGGCACCGACAGAAAGAUUGGUUACUGGGAGGUGUAUGACGGCUCCGCCAUCAGAGAACUGGAGGGCUCCCUGUCAGGAGCCAUCAAUGGCAUGCACAUCUCACAGGACGGACAGCACCUUGUCACUGGUGGAGAUGAGAAGCUGGUGAAGGUGUGGGACUACUCGGAGGGCGAGGUGACCCACGUGGGCGUCGGCCACAGCGGCAGCAUCACCAGCGUCACGAUCUCCUCCAACAACAGGAGCAUGGUGAGCACCAGUGCCGACGGGGCCGUGCUCCGGUGGAGGUACCCCCAUCCCUCCUCUCCCUAGAGUGCCUCCCGGAUGCCAGGAGAACAGAGGGUCAAAAAAAACAUGACCCUAUGACCUUUGACCCACCUACCCUACAAACGUUUAACUUUUGACCUUGACCCUGCCCAGUCCCAAUACAUACCUGUCCUCACAACAAACAACUCCGAAGAAGUCAUGAACACUGCCAGUAAUGCCAUUAUAGAGCAAAUGUUUCAUUCAUUCAUGAAAAUAAAUUGAUAUAAUUUUGA